AUGGGCUACAAAUUGUAUUACUUUAACGGUCGUGGUGUUGCCGAGCCAGCUCGUCAACUCUUCAAAUUGGCUGGCAAAGAAUUCGAGGAUAUUCGAUAUGAUAAGGACACAUGGCCAACACAUAAAGCUGAAAUGCCAUUCGGUCAAAUGCCCGUUCUGGAGGUUGGCGGUCAAAAGAUCGCUCAAUCCGGCGCGAUUUUCCGCUACUUGGCUCGGGAAUUCGGUUUCUACGGCAAGACAAAUGUCGAUCAUGCUCUCGUCGAUUCAUUCUUCGAGUUGUACAAAGAUUACACGAACGAGUCCCGUAACUUCUUCUACAUUGCCCGUGGAAUGCGCGAAGGAAACAAGGAAGAAGCCCACGAAAAAGAGUUCGUCCCGGCAAGAGACAAAUUCUUCGGCGCCAUUGAGAAGCAAUUGAAGCACAACAAGAGCGGUUUCUUGGUCGGUGACUCGGUCACCUAUGUGGACAUUCAAGUGGCCGAUCACUUGCACUCGCUCUUGGCUGUCUCCGCCCACGAGCUUGACGCUUUCCCUGAGGUGCUUAAGUUGAAGGAGAAAGUCGAGCAUCUCCCAGCGAUCACAAAAUGGCUCAAAGAGAGACCGGCAUCCGAUUUC